AUGCUCAUCUUUGCCUUUCUGGCCUUGCUUGACGGCGUCGUUGGUGCUCCCUCACGGUCUCAUCUCCCCCGCGUCCUCUCCAGAUCGGUGGAAAAGACUUCCCAAAAUGACACCUUCAUCUACGCUUCCAACGACACGACGACUCUCACUUCAAACGGCACAGCUCCCGCCAUCGUGAUCCUCGAUUUUGGCCGGAAUGUCGAGGGAAUACCCACCUUCGAGGUAAUCUCAGCCUCUGGCGACACCUCACUCUUCGAGAUCUCCUUCGCAGAAGCACGAUCUUCGUUGGAUCAGUACAUGGUACUCAAACCCUCUUCCAAAACAAAAUCCCAAAGACUAACGAAACCCAAGAGUGACGGCCCUCUCCCCCUCGCAGCAGCAAUGGACACCUACCGCGUCAACCAACACAACAUCACCGGUCCCACCAUCAUCACCAACCGCCUCAUCCAGGGAACCUUCCGCUACCAAAAGCUGAACCUCUCGGCGGCCGGGGAACUCACCCUCCGCGACAUCGGCGUCAGACCAACGACGUCCACCACCCCCCUGACCUCCCUCCCCGGCUCCUUCGAGUGCUCCGACGACGACCUCACCAGGAUCUGGAGCGUCGGCGCGAGAACCGUUCAACUCACCGAGAUCCCCAAGAGCUCCAUCCCGGACUUCCUCCAAGUCACCGAGGAGGGCGCGUUCGCGGAAAGCGUGGCGCCUCAGGUCCUCGGGAGUGCUGUGGCUGCGCAACUCCUCAACUACCGUCUCGAGUUCCAGGUCAAGCCCGUCAAAGGCGGGUUCGGAUUCUCCGUGCUCUCGGACACGCUCAACAGCGCCGUUUACAUCUCCUUCGACCUCACAAAGAGAGAAGUCACGGCCCAUGCGGGCUCAACAACCUUCGACACCCGACUCGCGUCCGCAGCCCUCCCCUCAAACGCCACCAUCACCCUCGGAUCAUGGCACACCGUCCACGCCACCGUCGACAUCACAGACAUCGCCGUCUCCGUAAACAACACCCCCGUCCUCUCCCUCUCCCAAACAUCCCGCUUCUUCGGCUCCUUCGGCUUCGGCGCCUCCCUCGGCCACGCCGCGUACUUCCGCAACCUGACAGCGACGACCCCGACGGGCGAUCUCAUCUACACGCACCCCCUGACCGACCGCUCCUUCCUCCCCGACUUCUUCAUGGGCGCCAACCCGGCCGACACCAUCGUCGACGGCUCCCGGCGCGACCGCAUUGCCUACACGGGGGACCUCGACAUCGCGAUGGGCGCCGCGUUCGCGAGUACUUUCGGCACCUCCUUCGUCGACGGCUCGCUGGAUCUCAUCGGGUCGUACCAGGUCACCCCGGGCUUCUUCACCCCCACGGCUAAGAUCCAGCAGGCGCCGCUGGGUGCGCCUCUGGAUGUCAACAUCACGGGGUUGAUCGGGUACUCGUUCAACUUCGUCACGGCCGUCGCGCAGAAUUACGAGAUGAGAGGGGAUAUUGCUUUCGCUCGGGCGUGGGCGCCCAAGGUUGUGAGGAUGCUGGACUGGGCGGAUUCGCAGACGCUGCCGAACGGAUUGUUCAAUUUGUCUGAUGCUUCGUUUGGGGGCGAUUGGAACUACUACGAUCCCGUCCAGUCUGGCGUCGUGACCAAGUUCAACGCGGUUUAUGCGUAUGCUUUGCAGCAAUCUUUGAGGCUGCUUGAGGACGGCGGUGUUGAUGCGGCGGUGUAUCGGCAGAGACUUGGCCGUCUUCGGGCUGCUAUUAAUGAGAAUCUCUGGAGUGAGGAUCUAGGCGUUUAUGUCAUGUCCGAUACGUUCAGAGAUGGCUUCUCGCAAGACGCGAACGCGAUCGCCAUCCUCGCUGGCGUCCCGACUGGCGGCGUUUCUAACUCGUCUUCGUCUCGAUCUCCUGCCUCAAUCCUCUCCGCCAUGGCUUCCGGUCUCGCUGCGCCCGCCGGAGCCCUCGCUUUCUCCACGUCCACUGCGAAAGCCGGCUGGGCUGAGAAAGUCAGCCCAUACGCCGCGGCAUAUCAUCUCCGCGCCGCUCUUGAGUCCCGCGAUGCGUCGUCUGCGAUGAUGCUUCUGAAGAAGACAUGGGCGCCGAUGGCGGAUCCGGCGAAUACAAACUACACCGGGUGUUUCUGGGAGACGCUCAACCCAGAUGGUACGCCCGGGCUUGGUACGGUGACCUCUCUGUGCCAUGGUUGGGCCGCCGGUCCCACGGCGGAGCUGAGCAAGCAUGUCCUUGGCGUUCAGCCUACUGCUCCGGGAUUCAAGGAGUGGAUGGUUCAGCCUCAAACUCUGGGUCUGAUGUGGGCUAAGGGGAGGUAUCCGACUGUUUUGGGGGGCAUCGUUGUUAAUUGGCGGUUUGAGGAUGGGUUGCUGCGGAUGAAGGUGGUCAGCCCUGCUGGGACUGUGGGUAAGGUGUACAUGCCCCAACCCCUGAUGACACCGCUUGAGAAGUCUGUCAUCCGUGUCAAUGGGGUCGCUCGGAACGGGACGCAGUUUGAGGUUAAGGGAGGAGAUACGUUCGAGUUGACCCAGAGCCUUCUAGGUUAA